AAGGACUAAGAAUAGCGAUUCAUUUGGGAAAGGGCGACGAGCGAAUAAGAGAGAGAGAGGGGCGAGUAAAGUGAAAGUGAGUGCAGUAAGUGAGUGAGCGAGCGAGUGAGUGAAUGGGCGAGUGGAGAUCCAACCGGCCGUGUGUUGCUGACAGCACGCCAAUCAGUGGUAAUGACGAGGAAGUGGAGAAGAUGUUCUGCGUUCUUCCUGAGCUUCCCAUGGGCUGCAGCUCUAAAUUUAGCCGCCCGGGUUGGUUCUCUCGCGAAGGAAUGUGCAUAUCAUGGGCGCCAACUUCUGCCUCUUCCCCCCUCCCCAACAACCACCCCGAAAGUGGCAUAUCUUGGCCCCGAAUGUUGGGUUUGAAUGUGAAGAAGAGAGAGGGGAAGAAGAGAAAGGGAAAGAAAAAGAAAAAGCAAAGAAAUUCAGAGACUCAUCUCUCAAAUAUUGAACAGGAGUUGAAGGGGAAAAGAGAGAGAGAGAGGGGGGGGGGAAGAAGCAUCCCUAAAGGGAACAGACAGAUUGUGGAAUGCCUCAAUCCCAUAGUCCGUUGCAAUAGUGACACUGGCAUCUCACUUUGCCGGGCACAACCUCUUGAACCAACCAACCAACCAACCCUUUUUAGGUUGGAGCUCCAGGUCUGGCCUUUUCCCCUUUGGUCCUCCCCUCUCAUACCCUUUCGGGUCUCCAUCAUAGAGUCUCAUGCCAGGCAGAGGGUAGUGAUGGUGCAAGUGUCAAAUCCAAUAAGAGAAUUGAGACGGAGAGAAGGAAAAAGAAAAAAAAACAAUAACAAAAAAGACGACCAGGAGAAAAGUCAAAUGGCAUUCCCCACAAAAGGGUACCGUGGGCGAGGCGGAUAUAGAAUGAUUGGUGGGCAAAGCAGAGCAUCGAAGAGAAAGCAAAGGGAGAGAGGGAGAGAGGGGCAGGGCAUAGAAUGGACGGAGCUAGUAGUCCACACUCCACGGGAGAGACAUCAGGCAAAGAAAAAAGCAUGAAACGAUAAACCAGAACACUAGAUCAAAAUAACUCAUACACAAGACAUAACAACGUACCUAUCAAGCUGCUUCCUUCUCCUGGGAAGUAAUAGAAAAG